AUGUCCACGGCAAGUCGCCCAGCCGCACGAGACCUGUUUCGCUCUUGCCCGCUUCUGGGCCCUGUAGGAGAAGGCAAGUUUCAAUGCGCAAGACAGCUUGGCAUUGACUCGCAGGCACUUCUUGAACCUUCUGUCUCCACAUCACACCUCGCAAGAAUGGGCGAGGCUGGCAAUGGCAAUAGCGUGACUGCUACCAGCACAGAUACGCAUGAUAGGAUUUCGAAAUGGUGUCACUCCAAAGACACCAUCAGCUCACUGUACGCUCAAGAUCCCACGCAAUCGCCUGGCCAGAUAGCGGAGAAGCUGUGGGCGUCACACCACCUCAAGUCGCCAUCCACCAAAGCACCAGAACACCGUCGACCUGCGACUGUAGAAGACCUCGAAUGGGCUCGAGCAUGUGGCAACUUCGGCAACACUCAACCCAGUGAGCUCUUUCUCCGUGCAUACCACGAUCUUCUGCAAUGUCUCGACCACGAUGCACUCGCCAACUGCGUAUCCCCGCAACUGUGCGGCUCGACCGGAUUUGUGCCGCUCACUAUCAUCGCGCCGCUCAACGAUCAAGUCAGGCACAUGUCGAACCUCAUCGCUCGCGCCAAGCGCGAAGUGUGUCUGGCGACAAACUUCUGGAAGCACUCGCAAGCUAGCGACAUGAUCUCCGACGCCAUGAUCGAACUGUCAAGACGUGCAGGCGAGCGCGGCCAGCGUGUUGUCUUCAAGCUAAUGUACGAUCGUGGUGAUGCGAAGCAAUUCCUGGAGCCUCAUCAGAUGGUCAAGGAGAAGGCGUGGACAGGUGAUGUCGUUGGUCUACCGCAUCUGUCCAAGAUUCCUAAUCUCGAUUUCGAAGUCCUCAACUUCCACAAGCCGCCACUCGGGACCUUCCACAGCAAGUUCAUGGUCGUCGACCGUGAGAUGGCGACGAUCUCGAGCAAUAACAUCAUGGACAACGAUAACACCGAGAUGAUGUCGCACAUCGAAGGUCCUAUCGUCGAUAGCGUCUGGGAGACUUUCAUGGUCUCCUGGCAUAACAAGCUUGAACCUCCACUCCCGUGCCGCGAUAUGACUGCAGUGUCUAAACCACCACCAACAUAUCAGGAAGCCAGCUUCCAGCACCUGUUCGAGUCGAAUGGUGCCUUCCGCAUACCAGAAAAGCCAAUCGACAUCGAGCUACCCGAACACGACCCAGGCAAUCCACAUUACGACGACACCAUCGCCGGCGAAAUCGACCGCAUGCGCUCCGUCCUCAGACCACGCCAAGGGGAAUCUCAUGCCGACGCGAUCUGUCGCCAUCUCAACAAACCGACCAAACUCGACCUUCACGCCACAGCCCCCAAACGAGAACCGGAUCUCCACUACUUCCCCUUCAUCCCAACCCCACCAACAAACGCGGUCCCCAUAGCCAUGGCAUCACGAAAACCUUAUCCAAACCUAAACAACGAAUCCGAAUUCGUGCCGCAAAACGAAUGUUUCCUCUCCCUAAUCCGCAACGCCAAACGCAGCAUCUUCAUCCAAACGCCCGAUCUCAAUGCCAAACCUCUGCUCCCAGCAUUAGCCGAAGCGGUGAAACGUGACGUCCAGGUAACAUACUACGUCUGCCUAGGCUACAACGACCUAGGUGAACUUCUGCCCGGCCAAGGCGGCACGAACGAAAUGGCUGCGCGGUCUAUCUACGAGGACCUGCAUACCUCCGAGGAGAAGGAGAGACUGAAAAUCUACUUCUACGUCGCCGCGGAUCAGGACCACCCGAUCCAUAAUUCGUUCAAGAAACGUUCCUGCCAUAUCAAGCUUCUCAUCGCCGACGAGGCCGUUACGGUUCAGGGUUCAGGGAACCAAGAUACUCAGUCGUAUUUCCAUAGUCAGGAGGUGAAUGUGAUGAUCGAUUGUCCGAUUGUUUGUCGGACGUGGAGGGAGGGGAUCGAGAGGAAUCAGAAUACGGUGCUGUUUGGGAGGGUGAGGGAGGAUGGGUGUUGGUAUGAUAGGGAUGGGAAGUUGGCAGAGGGCAGUAUGGGGACGAAGCCGGGAAAGUUGGAUCGAGUCAAGGGGGCUUUUGGAAUGAUUCAGAAGGCUAGGGGAGCUUGA